GUCAUAACAACUUUCUCAAGUUGCAAUUUAUCGUUGAACUUUGCCAAGAAAACAUCUCAUUUAAAAGUGCAAAAAAAUUUGUGAAAUGGAUUCGAUGACUCGAAAACGGACAAAUACUACUAAAAUGGAUAAUUCUAAUAUAAACCAUGGACACGUGGAUAAUGAAAAAGUCAGUAUACGAAAGGAACAUGAAGUAAUUUAUAGUCAUCGUAAAGGACUGUUCAAUGGAAGAGCUAUUCUUUUUUUACUACUUUGGUAUUUGUUUAGUGGAUGUACUUUAUUUUUGAAUAAGUAUAUUUUAACGUAUUUAAAUGGAAAUCCUACAGUAUUAGGGGCAUCUCAAAUGUUGACAACAGCAAGUUGUGGAUUUAUACAAAUGUAUUUCCCUUGUGGGAUGUACAAACCUAAUCAAAGAUUAAAUAAACCACCUGGUUUUUAUCGUCAUAUGAUACUAGUUGGUUGUACCAGAUUUUUGACUGUAGUUUUAGGAUUGGUAGCCUUAAAUUAUGUGGCAGUAAGUUUUACUGAAACCAUAAAAAGUUCAGCACCUUUAUUCACGGUGAUCAUAUCAAGAUGUCUUCUGGGAGAACACACAGGGAUUUUUGUCAAUUUAAGUUUAUUACCUGUUAUGGUAGGUCUCGCGUUGUGUUCAGCCAAUGAACUUAGUUUUGAAGUUCGAGGAUUUAUCGCAGCUAUGGCUACCAAUCUUACAGAGUGCCUGCAGAAUGUUUACUCGAAAAUGCUCAUAUCGGGAGAUAAAUUUAAAUACACUCCAGCAGAGUUACAAUUUUACACAAGUUUAGCAAGUAUUGUAGUACAAAUUCCCGCGUCAAUGUGGUUAGUUGAUAUGAGUUCUGCUGAACGUCCAGAAAUAAAACAUAUUUUUUAUUUCGUUUUAAAUGGUCUGUUCUUCCAUUUUCAAAGCAUCACUGCGUAUGUUCUUAUGGAUUAUAUAAGUCCAGUUGCUCAUAGCGUAGCAAAUACAGCAAAACGUGCUUUACUUAUUUGGUUCUCAGUGUUAAUGUUUGACAACCCAGUAACACUACUAAGUGGUCUUGGUACGUUUGUGGUGAUUGCUGGAGUUUUACUUUAUAUUAAAGCACAACAAUACGAUGAUAAGUCGAGAUCAUCAAAUUUAAUGCAAAGAAAAGUGAGGGCUAUUUAGCCUGAUAUAGAUUUUUUUUAUAGUCUAAAGAAACAUUCCCUGGGAACGAUUUAAGUUAAAUUUAUCAAAAAAUGUGAUAUUUUCAGCUCUCUAAGAAUACUGUUAGAGAAGUUUCCAGUUUUAGUAAAUUUAAUUUAUUAAUUUAAAAAAAUUUAUUUAUUUUAUUUAUUUGGCACAUGAUAAUAAAU